AUGGCCUCAGACUCGGCAAUGACACCCCACGUAUUCAGAAACGCUCUCGAUGUCUGCAUCAUUGGGGCCGGUCCCGCGGGUCUAUCUGCGGCCCUAUCUCUUGGAAGGGUUCUUCGAAGCGCCGUGGUGUUUGACUCGGGAGACUGGAAGGCGCACAACGUCUCUCGUAUCGGCGGGGCUCAUGACCAGGAUAAUCCAUCUUUGAUCCGCAAUGGGCUGAAGGCAGAGCUGCAACGAAAGUACAAGACCAUCAUGCUUGCCAAGACAGGAGCCAGGACCGUUCGUGAGGCCGGUCCAGUCUUCGAGGUAGAAGAUGAGAACGGACGGUGUUGGAAAAGUAGAAAGGUGAUUUUGGCGACAGGCACUCGUGAUGUGCUGCCAGAUAUCGCAGGAUACAAAGAAUGUUGGGGGAAGGGAAUAUUCAACUGCAUGCAUCGUUCAGGAUUUGAGAAGUUCGGUGCCGUCAACGCAGCUGUUCUUUUCACUUCAAACAGCAGCAUCAAGCUAUCCGAUGCAAUCUCAUGCGGUCAACUUGCACGGCAAUUUUCGACGAACAUAUGCCUGUUGACCAAUGGUACCGGAUCUCUGACCCUAAGCGAUGUGCAAAAAGCCGGCGAGAUCCAUGGUCUCAAAGUGGACGAUCGGAAGAUUCGGAAACUUCAGACCUUGGGCUACAAUAGGGAUGCUUCAAUGAUUGUUGAAUUUGAGGAUGGAACAACGUCGUCGUUUGGCUUUCUUUUCCACAAACCCGAGACGGUCCCCAGCGGUAGUUUCGCAGAGCAACUUGGUUUGGAAACUACGCAAACGGGAGAUAUCCCGAUUUCGGGCUACAUGCAAGAGACAAGUAGAAGAGGCGUGUUUGCGGCUGGCGACUGUGCCACACAGGUGAAGCAGGUGUCUGUCGCUAUGGGUGCUGGUUUCGCUGCUGGAGUUGGAGCAAAUGCGCAGAUACUGAAGGAUGACUUCGAGAAAGAUUGGUGA